AGUUGCCUAUAGGGCCUAAAUCAAUGAAGAAGGAAGUCCGGUCAUAUCUAAUGAAUAAUGUAAAGUUAAUAUGGAAAUUUUAAGCUUUACUGAAUGCACACUAACAUGCUACUCCUUUACGAUUUGCACAGCAUUCAGGGCGCGUCGGAUCCGUUUUUCUAUGCGGGUGCACGGACAAAACGAUUGUCCGCCGCCAAUAACGAAGCUGGAGGAUAACACGAAUCUGCAUGUUGUAGCAACCGACGUAAAAUUCGCAUGACGACAACAAGAAAAGCGAACACCUCUUAGUACAGUAAUUUCCCUCCAAUUUGAGUGAGACAGACGGGGGUAUAAGCGAUAACCCGCUUGUGUGGAGGCACUGGAGCCUAGCAUCAUGUUUUGGGCGAACAAGUACACGAACUUUUUCCCUGGUCCUGGGUGAUGAAAAUGAACAGCACCAGAAAUCACGGAACCAUCUACGCAAGCUUAGCUGUCCUGAAACUGCAGUAGCGUUUCUUCCUAGUUUGUUUGGCGCUCGUCGCAAAGGGAAAGACAUGCGUGGUUGUGAGACGGGGGAAGAGGACCCGGAUGUUCCGAGCGGCAGCCGGGAAUUCGUGCGUGAUGCACAGCAGCGGAAAUCGCGGAUCCGUAUGCUGUGGCUCUUGAUUGUCGUGAAUUCUGGAUUAACAAUACUGCAGCUCAUAGCAGGGGUUGUGGCAAGAAGUUUAUCGCUGGCAGGAGACGCGAUGAUGAUGUCGGUCGAUGUGGUAGGCUAUAUCGUUAGCAUGGUCGCAGAAAGAACGAAGACGGCGAAGAAGAAAAAACGAGCCGAUAGGUACUGAAGAUGCGCUUAGCGUUUUACUUCUUCAUAGACUUACAUACACCUGGAUGAUCAUUGACGCAAUUCCAAUUUCUUUUUGGAAAUUAUGAUUGUAUGACAAUGUCUGAUUACGGGUACAGAAUAAACGAAAAAUAGUACUCGUGCGUGAUGACAAAACUACAGUUCCAUCUGUGACUCGUUUUUUUUUCUUCACCGAAUGACAGGUACGGCGCAGUAGUUUCUUUCCUCCUACUCGGGGUAACAACGAUCGUUGUUUUGUUCGACGCUAUCGAUAGGCUCCUAGCGCCAGACGUUUACAGCGAUGUUGAUGGUCGUUUGAUGAUUGCUUUUACGGUGUUCAACCUCGCUGUGGAUUUCGUUCUCCUCGCAGCCUUUCGGACCAACGUGGAGGGCGCAACCUUGAGCAUCGAUAAGGCUGAGGCGACCUUGGACCCUGCCCUUGCACGGACGCCGACAAACCGCGCUAGAGUUUCCGGCCAUGAACCUUCACCGGGCCUGAGCAACGCUGGGAUGGCCUCGUGGCAUUCGACACCAGCCCUCGAGGUAGGAGAAACAGCAUAUGACAGGAAUAAUAUGUUUCAAUGUUCUUCUUCAAGCAUGAUAAAGAAAAUUUUUGUAUUUCAAAUGAUCUUGUUGAAUGGCAGAUUAGAAUUCAUCGGUGUAAAAAAACGGAGACGCACAAAAGUAGCCUUAGCAGUCUUGUAUCCAAGCAUUGCCAACAAUUAGUUUAGUUACUACAGAAGAAGUAACAGUCGAUUAGAUUCAUAAAUUGAUUCGCAGAAAUAAAUUGAAGAUGUAGUUGAUGCCUUUCAUUCGCAAGGGCGCGGAGACCAUGUCAUGCGGGGUGACCGUGGCAGGGGAGACGGCCUAUUAGAGUCUCCUGCAUUGGUGACAGCUGAGAACUUCCAGUCGCCACCUAUACAGCGCCCCAACCGCUCUCCCAAUGCUUCAGGGGAUGGCCCUGUAGCAGCAGACGGCAGGUUUGGUUCGGCCAAGCUUGGACAAUAUCCAGAUGUACCAGCAACUACUUCUUCGCAGAUAGAUAAUGUUGGAGGCGGCAACGACCAGAUAACGCGAGAACAAGAGCAUCACGGGCUGCAGGGCAGCUUUGAAGAGAACUUUCCUCCCUCGUGUGCUUUGAUGAGUAAUAACAAACCAGAGACAUCAUUGAACAUGUCCGCCGCUCUCGCUCACCUAGUAGCAGAUAUUCUGCGCGGCGUGUCCGUGUUGGUCAGCGGCUUUAUUAUCUGGCUGCAGCCAGGGUCAGAAUCUGUACGGAUAGACGCAGCGUGUUCGCUGUUUGUAUCGCUGUUCAUCCUCGCGGGCACGUUGCGAGUAGGGAGGAAAAUGUGCUACAACUUUAAGUCCGCACAGCUGUACGCACGCUUUGAUGAUGAGGAGGAUGCAGUUCCGAGUGUAAAUUUUGACGCAGUGGUCUUACCGACGAGCAUUCCCGCGAGCCCUGGUGCGCUCGGUAAUGGUUUCAACUACUACAACACAGACCCCAAUAGCUACGGGACAAGUGCGAUGGGGAUGAGAAGAAACGGUCAGCAACAUCCAGCAGCAGCUCAUAAUCCAACACAAAGAUACUUCCAGAACGACAUAGGCGCGGAUACUAGCGGGUGGACGCAGCAGUACGACUUUUCGCGCGGCGGGCAUUUGAGCAGAGACCAAGAUUUUCAACGGUCAAAUCUUCAUAGUGGAAGAGACGUCUAUGUUUCUCAAGAGCGCUCUUGGUUCACUGGGCGUGGCGGAGAAUCGGGGGAGCCGAGCGGACUACGAUCAACCCGCAGUGCUCCUCCGCUUUUCCCAGACCGAAAAAUGUCGACUUCCUACCGAACUGAAGCGCCUCCAUCCGACAGGAGAGUAGCUGGGUGGCAGUCGGGGUCCAGCAAGGAAUCUCUGGUGAAACAAAUUUGUGAAGUUUCAAGCGCAGAAGAUUCCCCACCAGGCGGAAGUAGUACAAUGCAUGCAAUCAUGAUAGCUCCUCCUGAUGGAACAAAAACAGAACAUAAAACCGCUGUUGAUCUAAUUACAGGAACCACUGGAGGAGGUAGACAGCAGAUGGCGACAAAUGCAACUGGUAUUCCCUCGGCCUUACCGGCUAGUUGAAAAUAGCGUGGAAAAGUUAGUUUGUUGCUAGAUGCACAACUUCGACGGAGAGACUGCGUCCUGAUAGUUUUAAC